UGGCUUAGCCUCGCAACCCCUCCCCCCCGAGGGCUGCCCUUACCUGCCAUGGCCGAAGAGGCGUCACGGGGAGCCUGCGCCAGGCCUUCCGGCGGCCUGUCUGUGGUGCUGCCGGCGGGGGCGGGACUGGGAGAAAGUGAAAGUGACACAGAGGCCGCCGCGCCGCGGGCAGGGAACGGCCCCCCCGACCCCCCACCCCCGUUAGGGAGAGACCCCCCCCGGCGUGACCCGUCAGGUGGCCCCCCAGCGGCCUGGCCCUGGGGCCCGGCCAUGCCGCGGCUGGAGGAGGUGGCCAACGUGGUGCUGCGGGUGCCCAGUAUCGUGCUGCUGGACCUGCUCUACCGCUGGGAUGUCCAGGCCUUUGCUGAGCUGCUCCGGCCCAAGCAGGAGGAGGCGACGUGGCGGCGCCACGCCCUGUGGCACGCCUACUACCUGGGCCACGUGCUGUGUGUCGUGGUGCUGCUGCUCCCAGUCAGAUCCCUGGUGAGACUGUACCUCUACGGCCUGACACUGCUGCUCCUCUUCGUGGGGCACCAGACGGCCAGGGACUACAUGCGCCAUGAGAUGGAGGAUGAGUUCCAGGGGGCUGUGUACCAGGACCCUGUGGUGCUCAGACGCUUCGUGACCGCCCUGACAGGCCAGAUCUUUGUGAGCAUGCUCUGCGCCCUCCUGAUGAAGACCAAGCAGGUGUGGCUGUUCUGUGCCCCGCUGCUCCCACUGCUGGCCCGGCUCUGUGGCCUCCCCCUCCAGGCACUUCCUGUGGUCAACACCUUCGCAACCUCCGUCACUGUGGUGGAGGUGCUGUAUGUGGCCACCUCCCACCUGCUGGUUCCCUUCCACCUGGCCGCUGCGGCGUGCAGGGAGGUGGCUCAGGGACUGGAGGUGUACAGGCUGGUGGCACUGGGCAUGUCCCUCUGGAGCCAGCUGGCCGUCCCGGUGCUCUUCCUUGUCUUCUGGCUGGUGCUCUUCACCCUCCAGAUCUACUCUUUCCUGGCCUCUUCCAACAGCCUCCUCGCCCAGCAGGGGCUGCUUUUCAUCUUCCUCAGCAGCGUGGCGGAGUGCUGCGGCACGCCCUACUCCCUCCUUGGCCUGACCUUCACCGUCUCCUACCUCGCCCUGGCCGUGCUCAACCUUUGCAAGUUCUACCUGCUGGGCUACGACGCCUUCCAGAACGGCAACGUCAUGCACAGGGGUGUGACGGAGGGUGUGACGCUGCUGCUGCUGGCUCUCCAGACGGGGCUGCUGGACCUGCAGAUCCUGCAGAGAACCUUCCUCCUCAGCAUCAUCCUCUUCAUCGUGGUGACAUCGACCCUGCAGUCCAUGAUCGAGAUAGCUGACCCCAUCGUGCUGGCGCUGGGGGCUUCGCAGAACAGGAGCCCUUGGAAGCACUUCCGCAGCCUCAGCCUGUGCCUCUUCCUGCUGGUUUUCCCCUGCUUCAUGGCAUACAAGAUCGCUCGCUUCUUCCACAUGGACUUCUGGCUGCUGAUCCUGGUCUCCAGCUGCAUGCUCACCUCCCUGCAGGUACGGCCGGGCCCCCUUCUCCCUCCACCGACCCCCAGCCUCGCGCUCCCCUCCCUGCAGGUACGGCCGGGCCCCCUUCUCCCUCCACCGACCCCCAGCCUCGCGCUCCCCUCCCUGCAGGUACGGCCGGGCCCCCUUCUCCCUCCACCGACCCCCAGCCUCGCGCUCCCCUCCCUGCAGGUACGGCCGGGCUCCCUUCUCCCUCCACCGACCCCCAGCCUCGCGCUCCCCUCCCUGCAGGUACGGCCGGGCUCCCUUCUCCCUCCAUCGACCCCCAGCCUCGCGCUCACCUCCCUGCAGGUACGGCCGGGCCCCCUUCUCCCUCCACCGACCCCCAGCCUCGCACUCCCCUCCCUGCAGGUACAGCCGGGCCCCCCUUCUCCCUUACCGCCCCCUAGCUGCACACUCACCUCUCUGCAGGUACGGCCGGGCUCCCUUCUCCCUCCACCGACCCCCAGCCUCGCGCUCCCCUCCCUGCAGGUACCGCCGGGCCCCCUUCUCCCUCCACUGACCCCCAGCCUCGCGCUCCCCUCCCUGCAGGUACGGCCGGGCCCCCCUUCUCCCUUACCGCCCCCUAGCUGCACACUCCCCUCCCUGCAGGUACGGCCGGGCCCCCUUCUCCCUCCACCGACCCCCAGCCUCGCGCUCCCCUCCCUGCAGGUACGGCCGGGCCCCCUUCUCCCUCCACCGACCCCCAGCCUCGCGCUCCCCUCCCUGCAGGUACGGCCGGGCCCCCUUCUCCCUCCACCGACCCCCAGCCUCGCGCUCCCCUCCCUGCAGGUACAGCCGGGCCCCCCUUCUCCCUUACCGCCCCCUAGCUGCACACUCACCUCCCCGCAGGUACGGCUGGGCCCCCCUUCUCCCUUACCGCCCACUAGCUGCACACUCACCUCCCUGCAGGUACGGCCGGGCCUCCCUUCUCCCUUACCGCCCCCUAGCUGCACACUCACCUCUCUGCAGGUACGGCCGGGCCCCUUUCUCCCUGUACCGAUCCCCAGCCGGUCGCUCCCCUCCCUGCAGGUGAUGGGCACCCUCUUCGUCUACGCGCUCUUCAUGAUCGAGCUGCUCCAGGAUGCGCCCCUGGAGAAGACAGACGAGAUCAUUUACUACGUCAAUGCGGUGAGCCGGGUGCUGGAGUUUCUGGUGGCCGUCUGUGUGGUGGCCUACGGCACCUGGGAGUCCAUCUUCGGCGAGUGGAGCUGGAUGGGCGCCUCCGUCAUCAUCAUCCACUCCUACUUCAACGUGUGGCUGCGGGCCCAGUCGGGCUGGAAGAGCUUCCUGCUCCGCAGGGAGGCCGCCAAGAAGAUCAACUCGCUGCCCAGGGCCACCAGGGGGCAGCUGCGGGACCACAACGACGUGUGUGCCAUCUGCUUCCAGGAGAUGACCGUGGCCGUGAUCACCGACUGCGGCCACUUCUUCCACACGGGCUGCCUCCGCAAGUGGCUGUACGUGCAGGACACCUGCCCCAUGUGCCACCAGCCGGUGAAGCCUUCGGCCACCGAGGGGCCGCAGUCAAACGGGGGAGAGCGGGCGGAGCCAGAGCCCGAGCUCGUCCCAGAGGAGGGGCCACCUGAGGAUGCAGAUGCUGAGGCUGCGGGAAGGACAAGGACCCUGGGCCCCAGCAGGGCUGCUGGGGGCAGGGAGCCCAGCUGGCAGGAGCAGGAGAACCCAGCACUGGCAGAGCCCAGCAGGGCCGCUGAGGGCGAGGAGCCCAGCUGGCAGGAGCAGGAGAACCCAGCACUGGCAGCGCCCAGCAGGGCCGGGCUGCUCCCAGAAGCUGUGCACAGCAGAGAGGACGAGCCCAUGGACCCAGCUGGGAGCAGGACUCCCCCGCCAAUGUCUCGGGGUUGCGCUCCAUAGCAGCGUGCCAGUCCGGGGCACACAGCCCUGCUGGGAACCCUGCCCGCUCUGGAACGAGGAGCAGGCUCCUUGGGGAGCCCCAGCCCGACACCCAGAUGGAAGCACAGAGUGGAGCGGAGAACAUGGAGUGGGGCAGGAGCCGGGGCCGGCACGGACUCUGACGGCAGCCACUGCCUCUGUCAGUCUUCAGCCUGCAGCACCAGCCCCCCACCCCCAGAACCUGGGCUGGGGCAUCCCUGCAACCUGAGUGCUCAGCCAGUCGGUGCCAGCAGAGGCGGCGUGACGGCCGCUGCCGGGCUGGGAAGUGUAACUGCCCGUGUGCUGCCCUGGAACACACCCACUUAGCCCCACAGGACGGGCCUGAGUCUGCAGACUUGCUUCAGCUCCGGAGUCCCCAGUGCAGUGCCCACCCCAUGCGCAGCGCUGGGGAGGAGGCAGCAGGGCCCAGCACAGCCCUGCUCCGGCUGCACGGAAACAACCGGGAGGCACUUCCCUGGCUUGUGCUCCAUUACGAAUGGGCACCACCGGGCUGGGCUGCCCACAGUUACAGAAAGGGGGUGUUGCCGCUGGCUCGCUAGUCACUCGGCGGCGGCGGCUGCUAAGCUGAGUGCCAGAUCUGUGUGGGCUCUGCCCCAGUGCAGGGGCUCUCAGCCAGAAGGCAGCCGGGCGCACCCGCCCUUCCCUUCCCCCUGCCGAAGUGAGAGACGCCGAGACGAACUGGCCUGAUGGCUCUGGGGUGACUGGGGCGUCCUGCAGCUGCUUGGGACCAUGUGCAGGAAUGGGGAGGGAACCCAUCUGGGCGGGCCCUGUGCUCUCUAGGCCGGGCCUGUCAGCUCGGGCAGGGACAGAGGUGGCCUGCUGCACCACCGGUAUUACAAGACUCCUGGGGGGACCUUGGCACAUCCCAGGACUGGACCCUGGGCAGGGCAAAGUGCCCAUUCCCUCUGCUGGUUCAGCCUGCAGCAUCCCCUGCAGAGCCUGUCCCUGUACCAGGCCAGUUCUGCCCUGAGAGGAGUUUGCCCUGGCAGGGGCGGGCCAGGCUGCCACUGUGACACAAGGACGCGCAGCUAUGCACUAACAGCAGCCAUGUCUCACCCCAGAGGUGGCUGCAUACCAGUGGUAGCAAAGCAAGGACAGGCUGGGAAGUCUCCCCCCAUUCUGUACUCUGCCCUCUGGGAAGUAUUUAUCCACCACAGGUCAAUGCCCCAAGGGAAUGUGGCGAAACGUGAAUAGAAACCCCCUUUCGUUUUUAACGUCUCAGGGAUUAGGAAUUCCAAGGAAGCUGUGGCUUCCCGGAGAUGGACGGGUCUUGGUAGAGCUAGGCUGGGCAUGUCUGCGCAGCAUGUCGGAUCCGUUCCGUUUGGAGUGAGGUGUUCGAUCACCGUCAGCUCUCUCUUCCCUUUGGAAGGGACCCAUCCAGCCUUAUUCAUGGUACCUUUGGGUGAUCAAAGCGCCUGGAAUUUGCAGAUUCCCAUUAAAGCUGUUAUGCUGCGAGGGCCGUUUGCACUCGGUCCGGCGACCAGCACAGGGUGGCUACAAAAGUGCCAGUAAAAACACAGGGAACGUU